UUGCGCUUUAUUUGUUACUUAUCAAACGUCCCUUCGUAAAGUUCGCGAUGAUUUUAGAAGCUUCGCCAUUCGUGUUCCUAAGCGAAUUUUAUAUUUGCAAACAAGAACGUUCUUGUUUCACAUUUUUCUUGCUAUGGUCGUGAUCGAUUUUCAUGGUAACGUUCUGAAUCUAGUGUUUAAAAUGCAGUGCUCUUUGACACAUGCUGUGACCUUCGCGUGGCCUUGAGGUUUAAGGUUAGAUCAUUCGCUAUCUGAUUCUUAUACAUAUGACAGACCGCAAAUCGGUGCUGCCGUUGAAUAGCAGUCGGCAUCGUAGAAUAGUGUGGAAUAGUGUCAUGGCGCGGCAACCAUGACAGAACGUAUAUUUCUCAGCAACGAAUUCGACACGAAAUCUAAUAUGGUGGGCGGCUUCCGUAGCCAAAGAUUCCUAACAUUGUUCCUGCUGUUUAUAAUUACGUUUCAAAGUUUCGUGUAUUAUCAAGAACGUUACAAAUGGGUGGAAGUACGAGAGGAAGUGGUUUCAAUGGUCACGGAGCAACAAGAAAAACUGGCGGCAGUGAUUGCCGAGCAACAAGACGUGUUCGGUCUAACUUAUAGCAUCAUCAAGAGGCUCGAAGGGCAUGGGAUGCUCAGCGGCAGCAGACAGGACUCAGCCAACAAGCCUAUAAUUUAUGCGAUCACUCCUACGUUCUCCAGGCCCGUGCAGAAAGCCGAACUGACCCGUUUGGCGCAGACCUUCCUACACAUACCGAACUUCCAUUGGAUCGUCGUCGAAGACUCGAGCAGUAAGACGAAACUCGUCACGCGGUUUCUCGAGAACAGCGGUUUAAUUUACACCCAUUUGGCGGUGAUCACUCCGCCUAAUUACAAACUCGGCCGGACCGAUGCCAACUGGAAGAAGCCACGUGGCGUCGAGCAAAGGAACGCUGCGUUACGAUGGCUUCGCGAAAAUCUUAAACCUACUGACAACGGUAUCGUGUACUUCGCUGACGAUGAUAACACGUACUCGAUUAAACUUUUCUACGAGAUGGAGAAAAUAAAGAAGGUUGGCGUGUGGCCGGUGGGUCUCGUCGGUGGCCUGAUGGUGGAAAAGCCGAUAUGUGAUAACGUUACAAAUAAAGUAAUCGGUUUCAACGCAGGCUGGAAGCCGGACCGUCCAUUCCCGUUAGACAUGGCCGGGUUCGCGAUAAACCUGCGGCUUCUGCUGGAGCACAAGGAUGCCGAGUUUUCGUAUGACGUCGAGGGCGGCUACCAGGAGAGUGAAAUCCUGCGACAAAUCGUCACUAGAGAUGAACUGGAACCACUGGCGGAUUGCUGCAUGAAGGUGUACGUGUGGCACACGCGAACGGAGGACCCGAAAUUAAAGAUGGAACAGCUGUUAAUAAAAAAAGGUAGACGUUCCAACAUAGGUAUUGAGGUGUGAUAAAAAGUGUGUGUUCGAGACAAAAGAAGCCUGAUCUGUGUUAUAGAUAUUAUCGCGUCCAUCAGCGCAAUUAAUAUUUAAGAUAAAGUAAAUUUUGUAUACGCUUUCUAUCAUUCACAUCAUCAUUGGUUAUGUAUUGUUUAUAUAGCAAUGCAGUGCCAUAACGCGUAAUCGCUUUGUAGCUACAUAAUCGACAAGGAUUUUAGAUGCGAUUGUAGAUAGAUCGUGCGUACCGAUAGUAUGCAAUGAUAACACGGCCUAACGACGUACUAUUGAUAAGCAUCGGGGACUUUUACACACUCCUUCUAUUCAUACGAGGUUGUUUCAUUUUCUACGAUAAAACUCGCACUAGUGUUAAGAAGUGUAACGAGGUUCCAGAUGUAAUAAGAUUUUUAUGUAAAUGAAAUGAAAAUAAAAUAGCGGUUGAACGA